AUGUUAGCGGUGGGGCAGAUGGACGCUAACCGGCAGAGUGCGUUCGUCUUGGGCAGCACCCCGCUGGCGGCGUUGCACAACAUGACCGAGAUGAAGACGUCUCUGUUCCCGUACACGCUGCAGCAGAGCCCGGCGGGCUUCAAGGCGCCCCCGCUCUCCAACAUCAGCUCCCAGAUCGCCGGAGGCACCCCGCACGGCAUCAGUGACAUCCUGGGCCGACCCAUCACCACCGCGGGCCAGCUGCUCUCGGGCUUUCCCCGGAUAAACGGCCUGGCCACCACCGCUGCCGCUGCAGCCGCCGGGAUGUACUUCAGCCCCGCCGUGUCUCGGUAUCCCAAACCGCUGGCGGAGCUCCCGGGCAGGGCUCCCAUCUUCUGGCCCGGAGUGAUGCAGGGAUCACCCUGGAGAGAUCCAAGAGUCCCCCUGCUCUGCUCCACAGCUCAGGCGAACCUCAUGUUGGAUAAGGACGGGAAGAAGAAACACUCCAGACCCACGUUCUCGGGCCAGCAGAUCUUCGCUCUGGAGAAAACCUUCGAACAGACCAAGUACCUGGCAGGACCCGAGCGAGCCCGGCUGGCCUACAGCCUGGGCAUGACCGAGAGCCAAGUCAAGGUUUGGUUCCAGAACAGAAGGACCAAAUGGCGAAAGAGGCACGCGGCGGAAAUGGCCACGGCCAAAAAGAAGCACGACUCAGAGACGGAGAAGAUGAAGGAAAGCUCGGACAACGAGGAGGACGACGAAUACAACAAACCUCUGGACCCGAACUCAGACGACGAGAAAAUCACGAGACUUUUGAAAAAGCACAAGGCCACGAACCUGGCGCUGCUGAGCCCGUGCAGUAACAGCUCGGACACUUUGUGA